GUCAUAUGAGGUCAGUAUUUACACAGACAGACUGCGCUUCCUCAAUUGCAAGGGAUCUGAGCUCUGUUGGUAAAUGUGAAAGUGUUGAUUUGAGUUAACGUGCUGUACCUGCUUGCUGGUUGCAGACACAGGAUGAUCAGCAAAGUUAAAAACGCAAUGUCGACUUUCGUCGGGGGGGUCCGGGCGAACAGCCAUCAUCACGGUCCUGGAGCCGCUCACGGCCACGAAGGAGAAGCGUUACCUUUGAAAUUUCCGUACUCCAGACCCGAGUUUUUGCAGCUUACACCUGAAGAUCUACAGUACUCAGCUGAUCACACUAGGAGACCGAUUUUAACCUCCGGGGCAGAUCGGAAACUGCUGUGGCGUUCAGGAUACGCAGAAGUAAUCAACGCUGGAAAGAGCUCCUUGAAUGAAGACCAAGCCUGCUGCGGGGUGGUGUGUGUGGAGAAGGGGACUUCGAAGGAGCACAGCAGCACACUCAAAGCCAGGGAGGAUGAGGCGAAUGGGGUCCUGUUUCAUUUCUGGGCUUUGUUUGAUGGCCAUGCUGGUACAGGGGCUGCGAUUAUGGCCUCCAAGCUUCUGCAUGUCCAUAUUUGCGAUCAGCUCCAGGAGAUCAUGGAGCUGCUCCUCAACCCCACCGUGGCCCCUUCGAUCAUCCUGGGGGAGGAAGCCAGACCCCUGACAUCAGAGCCCAGGAAAACAUCCUCCCCAGAGGAGGGGGGCGGCGCCCAGCCGGUGGAGCGGUUUCACCAGGAGAAGGCAGUGUCGCUGGAGAGCCUGGUCAUUGGUGCAAUAGAGAACGCUUUCAAACAGAUGGAUAAGCAGAUCGAAAGGGAAAGGAGCUUGCACAGUAUCACAGGGGGCUGCUGUGCACUGACUGUGCUUCAUAUGGUGGGGAAGCUGUAUGUAGCCAAUGCAGGAGACAGCAGGGCUAUUAUCAUCAGGAACCAAGAAGUCAUCCCAAUGUCCAGUGAGUUUACCCCUGAAACUGAGAGACAGCGGCUGCAGUAUUUAGGCUUCUUGAAACCGGAGCUCCUCGGGAAUGAGUUUACACACAUCGAGUUUCCACGGAGGAUCCAGCACAAGGAACUGGGGAAGAAGAUGCUGUUUCGAGAUCACACAAUGACUGGCUGGGCAUAUAAGACAAUCGAGGAGGAAGAUCUGAAGUUCCCACUUAUUUAUGGAGAAGGCAAAAGGGCGAGGUUGAUGGCAACGAUAGGAGUGACCCGAGGGCUCGGGGAUCAUGACCUGAAAGUCUACAGCUCCAAUAUCCACAUCAAACCCUUUCUAUCCUGCUGUCCAGAGGUACAGGUGUAUGAUGUCACCCAGUACCAGCACAGCCCUGACGAUGUUCUGGUGCUGGGCAGCGAUGGAUUGUGGGACGUCACCACAGACAGGGAAGUGGCGGACGCAGUCAGCAGUUUCCUGUCACAGUUUGAGCCCAAUGACCCCAUGAGGUACUCCUUGGCUGCCCAGGAUCUUGUGAUGAGGUCACGCGGAGUGCUGAAGGAUCGAGGGUGGAGGCUAGCCAAUGACAAGCUGGGAUCCGGGGAUGACAUCACGGUGUUUGUGGUCCCAUUGGCCAGCCAGUGCCGGGAGAGCUGAGAGCACUUUUGUAGUGACAGACCGGUGAAGCCCCUGCAUGGCCGGGUUUGUUUGUAAAGGGCCUGCUUGGCUGUUAAGUGAUGACAGUAAUUCUGCUGGUCGUGCUGACAGUUGUACUAUCUUCUUCCCCUCGGUCCCAUGCUCACACCGUUCUUGUAAGCUUCUCACUGAUUGAAGCAGCCUCACUUUUAAGACCCUGCAUUUUAGACACACUGGAAGUUCUGGAGGUACUUUUACAUUGUUCCAAGGAUACUUGAGACAUGUAGCUGAUUCACUGGUUAAUCUUAUACUAACCUAACAGCCUCCCUCUGCUCUGUGCUGGUGGGGUAGAGAAAGAGAAAGAGAGGCUCUUCUACUCUCAUAACAGCCUCCCUCUGCUCUGUGCUGGUGGGGCAGAGAGAGAGGCUCUUAUACUCUCAUAACAGCCUCCCUCUGCUCUGUGCUGGUGGAGCAGAGAAAGGGAGUCUCUUAUACUCUCAUAACAGCCUCCCUCUGCUCUGUGCUGGUGGGGCAGAGAGAGAGAGGCUCUUAUACUCUCAUAACAGCCUCCCUCUGCUCUGUGCUGGUUGAGCAGAGAAAGAGAGGCUCUUCUACUCUCAUAACAGCCUCCCUCUGUGCUGGUGGAGCAGAGAAAGACCACUUCAUUAAUUUAUAUUAAGGGUAUUUAAUAUGGCACUGGUAUACCGUACUUUUAAAAAGUGGGAAAUUUAACUUUUGCACAAAAAAUACAUUUUAAAAAGACCUCUGUUUCAACUGUUUUAUUUUGUAUGUAUUUAAAAUGUCUAUAGUUGUAAUUUUUGUAUUUUAAAA